AAUUGAGAAAAGAAUAGCGACGACAAAACGAUAAAACUUUUUAUAUAUCGUAACAAGUUUUAUAAAACGAAUGUUUUAUAUAACAAAAUUCUUUCGCAUAAUCAAAAAAAAAAGAAAAAAGAAAUGAGAACUUAUGACAGAAGUGAAAUAAUCAAAUGUUUCUUCUGUUUAGGUUAGGUUUAUAGGAACGUAAAUUCUUGACGGGGAUUGGCUGAACGAUAUUGAUAAGCUGAUUGGCAAGAAACGUCGUCUCUUGACACAACUUUAGCCGUGUUUUUAUACCCACUUAACCAACAACAGAUACUGAAGGAGAAAAUGUUGGAAAUUUGCGUGGACACAAUUGAGUCGGCAAAGAAUGCGAUUAUAGGUGGUGCCGGUAGAUUGGAAGUAUGUUCGGCUUUAUCGGAAGGUGGUUUAACACCAACAUUUGGUUUGGUGAAAGCAAUUCGUAAUUUAACGAAUAUAAAAAUCUUCGUUAUGUUACGCGUUAGAAGCGGAAAUUAUAUUUAUUCACGUGAGGAAAUGAAUGUCAUGUUGGACGAUUUGAAAAUGUUUAGGGAUUCAAAAAUAGUAAAUGGUUUCGUUUUCGGUGCUUUGACGAAGGAUCGUGAAAUCGAUAUACUUUAUUGCAAGGAAAUAAUAAACGCAGCUGUUAAUUUACCUGUAACAUUCCAUCGUGCUUUCGACGAAAUACGUGAUCCUUUGGAGGGCAUUAACAUAUUGUACGAUCUCCAUUUCGCAAGGAUAUUAUCAUCGGGACAAAAGGACACAGCCGAGGAAGGUAUUAGUGUCUUGCAAAUGAUGUGUAAGGAAGCUGAGGAAAAAAUAAUAAUAAUACCAGGUUCCGGGAUUACUCCUAACAAUAUACAUUAUAUUAAAUCAAAAACAAAUGCUAUGGAAUUUCAUUCUUCGGCUAGGAAUAAGAAAAAACUUUUUGAGAAUGAAAUCAAUCAUAUAAAAGUUGGUACAAGAACCGAGGAAGUAUUUGUUAUGGUUACAGAUGUUCAAUCUGUCAAAAAAAUGGUUCAAAUAAUUAAUAGUGAUAUUAAUUCGUAAUUCAUUGACUGCAUUUAAUUAUUGACUCUUUGAACUCAAAUAAUUUCUAUUUCCUUUUUUGUUUUCUCUCCCCGUACCCUCGCCCCCCUUCUCUCUCUCUCUCUUGAAGAAAAACAAAAACAAAUAAUUGCUUUAACCUUGUAGCUGAGUCAGUUUAAGUACUUAUUAUUAUCAUCCAAAGCGUGACGUUACGAAUUAAAAGGAUUUAAUAGAAUUAAUUGAGAUUAGAUGUGGUGAUUAUCACUUUUAUUUACGUUUUAUUUGAAAGUAGAUCAUUUUUGAGAAGGUUUUUUAUUUUUUAUUCUUUUUUUUUUCUAUCUUCUCUCUUUUUUUUUCUAUCUUCUCUUUUUUCUUUCUUCUUUUUUCCUUUUCCCUUUUUUUACAUUAUUGUCGUCAUAAGUGAAGAUUAAUUUGAUUGUUCAUUAAUAUAAUAUCUUUUUUAUUAAUGUUAGUUCAAGUAUCUUUUCUUUUCUAUCAUUUUUUUUUUUUUUGUACCAUUUAAUUAACCUGCUCGUAUAUAAACAUGAAAAUAAGAUACAUUCGUAUGUUGAGCUAAUGACAUAAUGAUACACGUGACUUAAUUUCAAGAUUAUUAAAAAAUGCAUUAAUAUAUAUUAUUUAAUGUAAAAUAGAUGAAGUAUCUACUUCGAGACUGAUGUUUUCCGUAUUUUUCUUUUCAAGGUCGAAAUAAUAACUUUUAACUCUUGUAGAUUUAUUCCUUAUAUUAUAUAUAUUAUUAAUUUUUUGUCGGGAUGGAGGAGAGAGAAAACAAAAAAAAAAAAAUGAAAUAAAAUAAAAUGAAAUAAAAGAAAAUUAAAAGAAAAGAAAAAUAAACAAAUAUCAGAAUCAAUAAAGUUGACGUUUUCAUAGAGAUCAAUAUUGCAGUAUGAUUUAUUACUAUAAAUGUGUGAAUGUUCGAUUUUUGAAAAUAAAAAAAAAAAAAAAGGAAAAUUAAAAAAAAAAACUGCGCACCCUGGAGAUGCAGAGUGAUUUGAAUUUUUAGAUUAAAAUUAACUUGUCCAUCCGAAUUAGAAACGAUGAUUAGCAUUAUUACCUUGUACAAUUUUCUUGUCCAUUAUUAUAAAUCUCACGGUUAUCUAUUGUCAGGAUGACGUAAUGAUGAUUAAUAAAAAUACAUAAUAUCGA